AAAGAUAGAAGAAAGCUUGUUUCUGAAUUGUUGAUCACAGCAGAGUAGUGUUGAGUUUAGUUUAAAAAGGAGAAGAUAAAAGUUGAAGCCUUCCAAAUCAACAGGUGACCGGAAAAGAGUUGAAUUUGGAAACAUUGUCAACCAACAAGAAAGACUCGGUUGAACAGCGAGAGUUUGAUCUUAAUUUUCUCUUCCUUUUCUGUUUCCUUAAAUUUAGCUGCCUAAACGUCAACAUUUAUAAUUUCUUUCCAGUCAUAAAUUCCUAUUAUAUAACCAAAUCCGCGACAAUCUCUCUCUUCCUCUAUCCCUCAUCUCCUUCCCCAUUCUCUUUUCUUUUGUUUUCUUUGUGGUUCCCUCUGUUCUUUUGAGGUCGAGAGACAAAAGAAGAAGAAGACCCAAUAUCUCUCUCUCCGUCUCCUUUGUUCAGAAAUCAUGAUUUUUGAAACAGGGUCGACACAGUCUAACCUUGCCUGCUUCCUCCAUUGCACAACUCCUACCGUCAGAUCCCAAUUCCUCCCCAAGAGUGAGAUUAGGAACCUCAAUCGUUUAUGGCACCCUUGGGAGAGAGAAAAGGUUGAAUUUUUCACAUUGGGUGAUCUUUGGAAUUGUUACGACGAAGGGAGUGCGUAUGGGGCUGGUGUUCCCAUUGUCUUGAACAACGGCGAAACCUUAGUUCAAUACUACGUUCCUUAUCUCUCCGCCAUUCAAAUCUUCACCAGCAACUCUUCAGUCAACAGCUUUAAGGAGGAGACUGAAUCGGGCGAUGGCGAGAGGGAUUCGUUUAGUGAUUCAUUGAGCGAUGAGAGCGAGAGUGACAAGCUAUGGAGAUGGGACGGAUGCUCGUCGGAGGAAGGCGGCUCCGAGCAGGACAGCCUUUGGCAUGUGAAUAACCGGUUGGGUUACCUUUACUUUCAGUAUUUCGAGAGAUCAACUCCUUAUGGAAGAGUUCCACUCAUGGAUAAGAUUAAUGGAUUAUCAAGAAGAUAUCCUGGUUUGAUGUCAUUGAGGAGCGUCGAUCUUUCUCCGGCUAGUUGGAUGGCAGUUUCCUGGUACCCGAUUUAUCACAUUCCCAUGGGAAGGACCAUAAAAGACUUGUCCACAUGCUUCCUUACUUACCAUACACUAUCAUCUUCUUUCCAAGAUAUGGACCUGGAAGACGACAUCGAUAGUGCCGAAAGGAAGCGGAAGGAAGGGGAAGGCAUCUCCCUUCCACCAUUUGGCUUGGCAACUUACAAGAUGCAAGGAAACGUGUGGAAUUCCGGACGGGACCAAGAAAGGCUGGUGUCGCUUUUAAGCGUCGCCGAUUCGUGGCUAAAGCAACUUCGAGUCCAGCACCAUGACUUCAACUACUUCACCGGGGCUCGGCGUGGCUAAGACCUUUUUUAAGUAAUUUGCAGUAUAGCUUUGAGAACCCCAUGGAAGUGACUGAUCACUAAUUCACCCAAA